AUGUGGAGAGGAGGAGAAGAGAAGAAAGGAUCAGAUUUGACACAUCAAAGAGAAAGACCAGACUCAGAGGAACCAGAGCCAGGGACGUCCAAACCAGCAAGACGACUCCAGUGCUCCCAGUGUGAAAAGAGUUUUAAACAGAAAGCACAACUGAAAACACAUAAGAGCAUACACACAGGGGAGAGGCCUUACCACUGCUCCCAGUGUGGAAAGGGUUUCAACCAGCCAGGGGUGCUGAAACAACACGAGAUAAUACACACAGGAGAGAAGCCUUACCACUGCUCCCAAUGUGGAAUGUGUUUCGUCCGUUCGGGGACGCUGAAACGACAUGAGAGAAUACACACAAGAGAGAAGCCUUACCACUGCUCCCAAUGUGGAAAGUGUUUUGACGGUGCUGAAACAACACGAGAGAAUACACACAGGAGAGAAGCCUUACCACUGCUCCCAAUGUGGAAAGUGUUUCUCCUGGUCGGGGUUGCUGAAACAACACGAGAAAAUACACACAGGAGAGAAGCCUUACCACUGCUCCCAGUGUGGGAAGUGUUUCAACCAUUCAGGGACGCUGAAACAGCAUGAAAGAAUACACACAGGAGAGAAGCCUUACCACUGCUCCCAAUGUGGAAAGUGUUUCGUCCGUUCGGGGGAGCUGAAACGGCAUGAGAGAAUACACACAGGAUAGAAGCCUUACCACUGCUCGCAAUGUGGAACGUGUUUCGACCGGUCGGGGAAUCUGAAACAACAUGAGAGAAUACACACACACAAAAAAAAGCUCAGACUGUGGGAAAACAUAUUACUCAUAAGUCACUUAAACGUCAUUAGAGAAUACACAGGAGAGAGAAAUUACUUCUCUUAGCGUGUAUGUUGAUAUUUCACAUCACAUUGACUUAAAAUUCAUCAGAGAACAUACACAGUGCUCCCGUUGUCUUAUAUUGUUGACUGACAAUGUGUUUACCUGUCUUUACCAGAUGAAAUGAAAUGGUACAGGGUAUACUCAAACAUAUAUUUGUUUGUUUUUAUUAGAAAACAUGAAUUGACUAUGGAGUCUGUCAGUUUGAAUAUAAAGAAGAUCAGGUUCCUUCUUUUAAACGGUCCUUUUUUAAAACUCUUUGUGUGUGUUUAUCUGGGUGUGUCAUUCCUCCAGCACUACAGAUAAUCAAGUGAUAUUUGGAUGUGAUGCAUUAGUUCCAUUGUUGACAUUUACAUUGUUGGCCCACUGAUGAUUUAAUGAAAUGAAAAUGUUCAGACUCUGUAAUGGAAAAUGUUAAUUGUUUGUGUGUCCACAUAACUGAGUAUGUGACUAACCUUGUGAAACUGUCCUAUUAUAAGCUCCUGUUCUUGGGAGUAUCAUCCUGUGUUGCAAACCAAUUUACACCUGUGUCCUUGUAUGAAUAAAGUCCCGCCCAGGAACAGGAAACUAUAAAGAUAUGUGCUAGUCACUCAAUACUUCAGGAAAUCAGACUGUCUACACUGCGCUGUGUAACUCUGUUUGUUAUUCUCUCUGAGCUCAGAAUUAAAGAAUCUUGGUUUGA